AUGAAGCGCGCUCUAGUGACACUAAGCCUCCGGGCAAAUGCAACAAGAAGAGCAUUUCACACAACCCGCCCGCGCGCUUGGCCAAACGCACCCAACGCUGCGAAACCUCAGCCAGGUCAAGCUCAACCAAGAAUGACAGAUACGUCAAGCAAAGAAGCGUCAACGGCAAAGGUGACAACUCGGAAAAAGAAGAGUGCAGAACUAGAUCAGGAACUCAGGGAGAAGCUGGAGGGUAUGUCUGGUGAUGGAGGAGGCGCGGGCGUAGAGUAUGAGAAUGGCCGAGCGGAGGGAUUGAAGAGAGGCGUCAAGUCGAAUAUGUUCCGAGUGAUAUAA